UUGCUGUACCUCAGAACCAUAUGAGCCUAAGUCCAAAAUUUCUUAUUUUUUAGGUUAUUGCACGUAUGUUCUUAAAAUUUCAUUUUACAUCCAGCCAUACCAUCGUAACUCCGCUAAAAAUUCUAUUUUUAUGAUUUAUCAAAGGUUAUAUGAGUCUAAGUCCUGAGGUAUAUCAGAACCAGACAAACUUAACUCCACCUAUGAUGUUAUGGUUCUGAACAUUGAGCAUUUCAGCAAAAACCUAAGUCCACAAAAUGGACUUGCCAUUGUCUGGCCCUAGCCACUAUACUCAUUUAGUCUCAAGUCCUGUUUUCUGAACAGCUGAUGACUGUCAAUAAUACUGUUGAUAUUGCUGCUGCCUGCUAUUAGAGAGAUUAUUGAGGUUAGGACUGAGCUGUACUAAUCAAAGUUUUAUUCUACUUUUAACAAAACGUUUUGGUAUUAAUAUGGAAAGUAGGGGAAAGUUUAUACUUUCCAAAUUGAAAAACCUUAAUACGUUCACUGAAGAUAAUCUGAAACCUGAAACUAAUGAUUGUCCUAGCAAUCAAUCAGUAGAAGUUCCACGAAGAAAUUCCACUCCUUCACCGACUUUAACCGAAUUAAAAGUAUUGAAUCCAGAUUGCACAUCCAUCCUCGUUUUACCUGACAAUGACUCAACCCAAUGGAAUUUUAACAUGCAUGAAAGUGAAAAUAUCCAAGUUGAAAGAGAAACUAGUAAAGACGUACAUCUUCUUAAUUUCAUUUCAACUCCAGUAGAACCAGGUGAGAUUAGUAGGUACAUAAUACUCUAGGCUCAGUUUAAAUAAAUUUCAGUAAAUUUAUGGUUGUUAUAAAAAUCUUUUUUGUGUAAAUUACUGUUAUGUUUAACCAUUUAACCAUAUUGUAGCAGGUAUUUACUCGGGGGCUUUAGCCUACCCUAGCAAUAAUUUAGGUUCCAUUUCAAUCGUGUUAAGCUGGGCCUAGACCUAGUACAUUGUCAUUAGACUGUAAAUGCUGUAGUCGGUAGGGACAGAGAGCAUUAAUUUCAUACGAUAAUAGUUAUAUUCUUAGGGGUUCUUUGUCUUUCCGACUUGUUAUUCUACCUAAUUUAACAUUCUACAUGUUUAACAGAAAUUAUACUUCAAUAUGAAAAACUUCGUGAGUGACGAGUAAAUUACACAUAAUUACCAAAAACAUGAUAAAAAUUCAAUAGAAAUCCACUUUAACGAUAUAAUAUUUUUUAUAUCCACAUUCUUUGUGUAGGCUAUCUAUAUAAUGAACUAAUCAAUGUUUUGGCGGAACAUCAAUUUAAAAAAUUAAAAUAAAUUGGACAAAACCGAGUGAAUUUCUCUAUUUCUUGAAGGCUGGGAACACUUGUAGGAAAGAAAGCUCUAUGUUAUUAAAAGCAAAACACUUAAAUAAAAUUAAAUAUUCAAAAUAUCUUAACAAUUUAUUUUUCAGAGUCAAAUGAAUGGGAGCUAGAGACGAUAACACAAGUGACAAACAUGGAACAAGAAUCUGGAGCAUCGACAACACUGGAAGAUUUAGAUGAUGCGCUAUCUUCUGUGAGCGACCUAUUUGAGAAUGACAUCGAUGAUCCAACAUACACUCCACCUUCAGGUUCAGAGAGUGAUUCAACUUUAAGUAACGAUUUAGAACAAGUACAAAGUCAAUCUGUAAGUACAAAUACUACAGCAAAUAAUAAUAAUAUAAUACCUCUGGUACCAUACACCGAUUCAGAUGACACGGAGAGCGAGUUACCGAUAGUUACUCAACCUAAAAAUAAAGGAAGAAAAAGAAUAAGGAAUGAAAAAAAGUGGAAAAAAAAACAUUAGAAAGCAGGGACGAAUUUCUGGAAAAGAGCAUGUCAACUCUAAAGGAGAUAUUGUAAAAGAAAGAACUUUAAGACCUCCUUGUAAAACUACUUGUCGCUUGAAAUGCUCUCAGCGCAUAAGUCAUGCACAAAGAGUACACAUUCAUUCUGACUAUUAUAAUAGUGAAAGAAACUUAAGUUCUAAACGCCAGUAUAUAGUUUCUUGUAUUACAACCAAGCCAAUAGCCAGGUCACGACAAAGAGAUGGUUCUAGAAAUAGUAGAAAAAACAGCCAUACUUAUUUUCUCAAAUGGGAUAACAAUUUUGAAAAAGUUUGCAAACAAUUUUUCUUGAACACACUAGUAAUAUCAGAAACAUUUGUUAAGUUUGCUCUCUUAAAAACCCAAAGUACUGGUAUGGUUGAACCAGACCAUCGUGGCAAACAUGUACCAGGAAACAAAAUACCAGAGACAGCAAAGGAUAUCAUAAGAAACCACAUAUCAAAAUAUCCAGCAUAAGAAAGUCACUAUAGUAGGGAAAGGACAAACAAAAAAUACUUGGGUAAUGAUUUAAACAUUUCCAUAAUGUAUACCAUGUAUGAAAAUGAAUGUAAAGAAAAAAAUAUCAAACCCGAAAAGAAAUGGUUAUUUUCAGAAAUUUUCAAUAGAGAAUACAAUUUGUCAUUUCAUUUGCCAGACAAUGACACAUGUGAUUUUUGUGACAGAAUUGAUUGCCAAUUAAAGAAUGCAAACGGUGAGCAAAAAGAAAACCUUCAAGCAGAAAAGCAGAAGCAUCUAGAUGAAGCAGCACGUAGAUACCAUUUGAAAAAAGAAGAUAAGCUUUUGGGACAAGGAAAUGAAAAAUUUAAAGUUGUUAUGGCAGACCUACAGAAGUGUCUUCCUACUCCAGCUCUCACAAACUGUCAAAGCUUCUACUUGAGAAAGCUCUGGACUCUAAACUACACCAUUGACGACAGUAGUGGAAAGAAAACGUGGUGCAUGAUUUGGAAUGAGACCACUGCAGGUAGAGGUGGAAGUGAGAUGGCUUCUUGUUUGUUUACCUGGGCAAAUGAAGAGCUCAAUAAAAGCAGCAUUGACACUCUGACUGUUUGGACCGAUAACUGCAGCGGUCAAAAUAGAAAUAUUAAUAUGAUUUUUAUGUACAUUUGGAUUUUGAAAACUCUACCCAACAUUAAUGAAAUAAACCACAAAUUUUUAUUAGCUGGGCAUACACAUAUGGAGGUAGAUGGUAAACAUGGAUUAAUAGAAAGAGCAAAAAAGCAUCUUAAAACUAACACAAUAUUUACUACUAAUGAUUGGGCGAACUUCAUCGCAUCUUGUAGCAAUAAACACCCAUUCAUUGUAAAGAAAAUGUCUCUUGAACACUUUCUUGAUUUUCUUUCGCUUACUAAUAAAGAUGGACCAUUAAUAAACAGGAAAAAAAAUACUAUUGGAGAACCUUUCCUCAUUUCCAACACAGUUUGGUUACAGGUUCGAAGAGAAGAACUUGGUAUACUGUACUAUAAAACAAGCUUUGAUGAUGUUGAUUUUAAAAGUGUGGAUUUGAGAAGAAAUAAGAGAAAAGAAACAAUAAUGCCUGAAUCAGUUCCGAAACUAAGAUCUGAGAAGAGGAAAAUAAGUAAUGAAAAAUUCAGAGAUUUAAUGACAAUCCUCCAGUGGGUCCCUGAAGAAUACAAGGCUUACUUUGAGAACCUUCCACAUGGGGCUAGUGAAAAUGACUUUCCAGAUAUCAGUUCAACAUUAUUAGAUUAAUUCUUACCUUAUAUUUAUAGUUUUUAUAAGCAGUGUAAUAGUGUUUUAUUGACGAAACAAUGUAUAUUAGUUGCUAAUGGAAAUACAAUGCUUAAGUCCAAAUAGCAUUAAAACAAAUGUUUUUGAUUUUAGAAAAAACAACUUUCCAGAUGCCAUUACAACAUUGUUAGAUAAUAUAUUUUAUUAGCAUUGUAAUAGUGUUUUUAUUGACUAAACCAUGUAUAUUGGUUGCUAAUGGAUACACUUAAUUUGGUUGCUUAAGUCCAAGUAGCAAUAUAACAUAUGUUUUUGAUUAGAGCCAAAAUAUCGUAAGUCCAUUUUUAAUGUAACAAAAAAAUAAUUACAUAAAAAUACUAAAGCAGUUUAAUGCUUCUAUAAACAUAAGUAAGUUAACUUGUGAAGUAGAAACUAAACACAGUUCAUAAUUUUAUAAUAAAGAAUAAACACAA